GUUAGCAGCUUAAGUCAGGACUGGAACCGUUUACAUCAUGAGGAGGCUGAUAUGUGCUGGAUAAUUUUGCCACAGCUUUGACAGCAAAACUGAACCCAUGGGGUGCAAAACUGAAAUUUAUUGUGCUGAAUGCGAAAAGUAAAUUGACGGUGUACAAUGAGCACAAAUGGGACCCAUUUCAACGGUUCUUCACUGGCCCCGCACGAGCUAACCCUGAAUCGCCCGCCUUGGGUCGCGAACACUUUAGGAUGCUUUCUGAUAUUCACAACCGUCGUUGAUAUUUUGGGCAACCUCUUGGUGAUUUUCUCCGUUUACCGGAACAAGAAAUUGAGGAACGCAGGAAACGUGUUUGUGGUGAGCCUGGCGGUAGCAGACCUGGUGGUGGCACUGUAUCCGUACCCGCUGGUGCUCACAUCCAUCUUUCACAACGGCUGGAACCUGGGGUACAUGCACUGCCAGAUCAGUGGCUUCCUCAUGGGCGUCAGCGUCAUCGGCUCCAUCUUCAACAUCACCGGCAUCGCCCUCAACCGCUACUGCUACAUCUGCCACAGCCUCAAGUACGACAAGCUGUACAGCGACAAGAACUCGCUGUGCUAUGUGCUCCUGAUCUGGGUCCUGACUGUGGUGGCUAUCGUGCCCAACCUGUUUGUGGGCUCGCUGCAAUACGACCCGCGCGUCUACUCCUGCACCUUCGUGCAGUCCGCCAGCUCGGCCUACACCAUCGCCGUGGUCUUCUUCCACUUCAUCCUGCCCAUCCUCAUCGUCACCUACUGCUACCUGCGGAUAUGGGUCCUGGUCAUCCAGGUGAGGAGGAGAGUGAAGCCAGAUAACCGGCCCAAGCUGACCCCGCACGACGUGAGGAACUUCGUCACCAUGUUUGUGGUGUUCGUCCUCUUCGCCGUCUGCUGGGCGCCGCUCAACUUCAUCGGCCUGGCGGUGGCCAUCAGCCCGGACGCGGUGGUGCCCAUUAUCCCUGAGUGGCUCUUCGUUUCCAGCUACUUCAUGGCCUAUUUCAACAGCUGCCUUAACGCCAUCGUCUACGGGGUGCUCAACCAGAACUUUCGGAGGGAGUACAAACGGAUUAUUGUCUCCAUCUGCACCGCCCGAAUCUUCCUCUCUGACAGCUCCAAUGACGCGGCCGACAGGAUGAAGAGCAAACCGUCGCCCUUAAUGACCAACAACAACCAGGUGAAAGUGGACUCAGUUUGAGCCAAUCAAAUAGGGAGGAGGGUACAGGGAGGGCGCACUGUGAAACAAAAUACCAAAUACGAUAAAAACUCUGAUUCAGGCUGUCUGGAACCACCCGUCAACUGUACUCUCUUGUUUAUAUACAAUCAGAACAACGCAGGGUGUAUAUUUUCAUUUUCUUAUAAAAAGACUGUUUUUUUUAGGUACAUUUACAGCGAUGUUGACUCCUUUGUUUUCAAUGUUUACAGUGAGGAUAUCAAGUCUACAGUAUGUACAGUAAAAUGUAUUUAUUUUAUACUAAAUAUAUUUGGGGACCUCUCACCCCUGAAUGGUGGCAAUAGGAUAUGAAAUUGCAAAUAUGGUGCCGUAAAGCCUGGAAUCGUAUCGUAACUUCCUGAAAGGACUUACAGCAAAUGUAGCCAAAACUAUUACAGAGCUCACUCUCAUAAGUGACCUCACAAGUGUGAUAUUGUUAUUAUUUUGGGUAUACACUCGGUUGUUACUGUUACAGUGUGCUCAAGAGAAUAAAGAGCUGAAUAUGGUA